AUGGAAUCGAUUGAAGAACCGACAUUUGAGAUUCUUGCAAUCGAAAGUCUGCCUGAAAUACGGAAAGUGAAACACACGCUGAUAAUGGCUCCAAAGCAACAACCAUUUGAUUUGUCACGUCUAAGCAACUUUAACCGAUUAAAUCGAGCAUGGGGCUACGUGUUAAGGUUCAUUGCCAACAAAUGUACCAAGACAAAGAAUUAUGAGCCACUUACAGCAGAAGAGCUUUCCAGAGCAUCCCGCAUAAUUUGCAGAUUAGUUCAGAACCAAGCAUUCGGCGAUCUUAAAAAAGAAUUGUCAUCAGGUUCUAUGAAACGAAAUAACUACUCAAGUUUGGCACCAUUUAUCGACGAAGACGGAUUGAUUCGAGUUGGAGGUAGAUUGAAAUAUUCUGACAUUCCUUAUGACGGUAAGCAUCAAAUCCUUAUGCCAGAAAAGCAUCCUAUAACGGAAAUGAUAGUUCGUCAUCUGCACGAGAAGCACUUCCAUGUCGGGCACAGUGGCCUGCUCUCGUUCGUGCGCCAGUCUUUCUGGCCAAUCAAAGCUAAGGCAGUCAUCAAGAAAGUCAUUGGAAGCUGCUAUCGCUGUUUUAAAUGUAAACCUCCACAACUGCAGCAACACAUGGGCAAUUUACCAAGCUAUCGUGUCACGCCAGCCCCACCUUUCAGCCGUACAGGUGUCGAUUUUGCUGGUCCGUUUGUUCUCAGGGAAGGAGGACGAAAGCCGAAAUACUACAACUCCUACGUCGCAGUAUUCGUAUGUAUGACAACCAAGGCACUGCAUUUCGAACUCGUGACAGAUAUGCGGACGGAAACUUUUAUCGCUGCCCUUCAACGUUUUAAUGGUCGUCGUGGUUUUCCGUGUGAUAUGUACUCGGAUAACGGAACAACGUUUGUGGGAGCGAACCACGAACUUGCAGCCUUGCGAAAAUUAUUUGAAGAUCAACUCCACCAAAGAAAAUUAAAGGACUACUGUAGUUCUGAAGGCGUAACAUGGCAUUUUAUUCCGCCAAGAAGUCCUCACUUUGGAGGCAUCUGGGAGGCUGGAGUAAAAUCGAUGAAAUAUCUGAUGAAACGUGUUGUUGGCGAAACGCGUUUAACCUACGAAGAAAUGUAUACAUUCCUGGUUCAAGCAGAGGCAAUCCUCAAUUCACGUCCGUUGUCACCGUACUCGGAUAAUCCUAACGAUUUUUGCGCUUUGACUCCAUCACAUUUUUUGACUGGACGAUCCUCAAAGGCAUUACCGGAACCAAGUUACGACGAUCUCAAGGUUGGAAGACUAUCAAGGUGGCAGCACAUUCAAAUGAUGCGUGACCAUUUUUGGAAAAAGUGGUCAGCCGACUACUUGCAUACACUCCAGACACGUCAUAAAUGGAAGGGCCGUGUGUUGGAAAUCCAUGAAGGCGCAUUGGUUCUUCUACGAGACGAGAAUAUCCCACCACAACAAUGGAAAUUAGGUCGAAUCAUCUCAACGCAUCCUGGCAAGGACGGCAUCGUCAGGGUGGUAACAGUUCGUACAGCCAAAGGUGAAUACCAGCGUGCUGUAACAAAGAAUCUACCGGAACCAUUGGCGGAAGUGCCUAUGGUGCAGAAAAUGGACGACGAUGCAUCGAUGGGUUUCGCCCGGACAAAGGGUUCCAGUCUUGUAACCAUGAAGCCCCCAAUCUGUUCAGGGAGCCGUAAAGCCCGAGCUGUUGCCAUCAGUUGUAGUGCCGUCACUGUUCCAAGAAAGGCAAACGGAGAUGAUAGAAGCACUCAGAAGCCCCAGGCUCAGGAGGAUCAUCUGAGGCAACAGUCCCGUCAACAGAAUUAA